CUCUGUCAAAAUCAAAAGAUGGCCUUGGUUAAUUUCCUUUUCAUUCUCAUGCUUUUACCCUCAUUUGAGGCUCUCUCAGAUGAAACUCCCUCAGACAUCCAAACCCAAGACAUGCAUGCCUUGAUUGCACAAGCUUGCAUGGAUAUUGAAAACCAAGACUCAUGCCUCAGAAACAUUCAAAACGAGCUCAUCAAAAUUGGUCCUCCAAGCCCUACUUCAGUCUUAAGUGCCGCACUCAGGACCACAAUGAAUGACGCCAUAGGUGCCAUUGACAACAUGACAAAGUUCAGUACAUUUUCUUAUAAUUAUCGCGAGCAACUAGCCAUAGAAGAUUGCAAGGAGCUCCUUGAUUUCUCUGUAUCCGAGCUGGCAUGGUCUUUAGGUGAGAUGAGGAGAAUUCGAGGAGGUGAUAACAACGUGCAAUAUGAGGGCAACCUUGAAGCUUGGCUCAGUGCAGCACUGAGCAACCAAGACACAUGCCUUGAAGGCUUUGAGGGCACUGAUAGACGUCUUGAGAGUUACAUCAGUGGAAGCUUGAAUCAAGUCACACAACUUAUCAGCAAUGUUUUGACUUUGUACACUCAAUUGCAUAGCUUGCCCUUCAGGUCUCCAAGGAACAAUACUCAAACAAGUGAAAGCUUGGAAUUUCCUGAAUGGAUGACUGAGGGUGAUCAAGAUCUACUUAAAUCCAAGUCACAUGCUGCACAUGCAGACGCUGUUGUGGCAUUGGAUGGGAGUGGCCAUUACCGCACAAUCACAGAAGCUGUUAAUGCAGCUCCCAGUCAUAGCAACAGGAGGUAUGUUAUCUACGUGAAGAAGGGACUUUACAAGGAGAAUGUUGAUAUGAAGAAGAAGAUGACCAACAUCAUGCUCGUUGGUGAUGGUAUUGGCCAAACCAUUAUCACAAGCAACCGGAAUUUCAUGCAAGGUUGGACCACUUUUCGAACUGCCACACUUGCUGUAUCCGGGAAGGGUUUUAUUGCAAGGGACAUGUCAUUCCGGAACACAGCUGGACCAGUAAAUCAUCAAGCUGUGGCACUGCGUGUGGAUUCAGACCAAUCUGCGUUCUAUAGGUGCAGCGUGGAAGGGAACCAAGACACCCUUUACGCCCACUCAUUGAGACAGUUCUACCGUGAAUGUGAAAUCUAUGGCACCAUAGACUUCAUUUUUGGCAAUGGGGCUGCUGUGUUGCAAAAUUGCAAGAUAUACACUAGAGUUCCACUUCCAUUACAGAAGGUUACCAUCACGGCCCAAGGCAGGAAAAGCCCACAUCAGAACACUGGUUUUACUAUUCAGGAUAGCUUUGUUUUGGCCACACAACCUACAUAUUUGGGUAGGCCAUGGAAGCAAUACUCGAGAACAGUUUACAUUAACACAUACAUGAGUGGGCUUGUCCAGCCUCGAGGGUGGCUUGAGUGGUUUGGAAACUUUGCAUUGGACACUUUGUGGUACGGUGAGUACAAGAAUUAUGGGCCCGGUUCAUCACUCGCAGGUAGAGUCAAAUGGCCCGGUUUUCAUGUAAUUAAAGAUGCUUCUACCGCCAGUUUCUUCACGGUUCAGCGGUUCAUUAAUGGGGAUUCAUGGCUGCCGGGAACAGGCAUCAGGUUCACUGGAGGCUUGACCAAUUGA